CUUGUCAGCGGGCCGAGAGACGUGCAGCCCGAGGAUGGCUUAAUCCUGCCCACAUUCGGCACAAUGCUGUGUACACACACAGAAGGGCUGUUUAAGAGAAAAUGCUGGUGAAUUGCUGGGCUUCUCUGCUCCUCUUUUGCCUCUUCACCGCACGGCUCUUGAGCGAGAUCCACGAUCCGUAUAAACUGGAGUGUGUUACCAGGAAGAUUCACUGUCACGCAAGGGCAAUCUGUCAACAAGAUGAGCUGACGUCUGAUUUUUAUUGCCAGUGCCUGCCAGGCUACAGGGGAGAUGGAAUUAACUCCUGCCAAGACCCCGGAUUCCACAUCACCGCUUCCAACGCAUCGGCGUGCAGCGGCUUUGGGGAGCAGGUUUGCCUUCUCAAGGUAACAGAAGAGAAAGUCACCUUCCGUGUCUCCGUGUCUGCUUACGGCAAGCGCCAUUCUCACGUGGUGAGAUGGUACAAGUACUACUCUGGCCAAAGCCCGCAUUUCAACAGCUACCGAAGACGAGUGGCACCUGUGCAGAACAUGUCCUCCCGCAUCGUUGUGGCAGACCACGGCCAUGCGCUGACCCUGCUUUCCAUUCUGGAGGACGAUUUUUACCCGAACCUCUUCUGGGCAGAAGUGAAGUUGCACCUCCCACCCACGCAAUCGGCCCCCGUCGAGCCGUAUGAGCUGAGCAGCUUCCAGAUGUUAAAUCCUUCCAAGCUGCGAUACUUCUUUGCGUUGCAGAGCGUGCCUGUCGAGAUUGGAGAGUUCUUGGAAGGAGAUCCCGUGACCAUCCGCUUGUCCCGGUACCUGCAGCUUCCUCCUUCCUCCUUUGUCCGAUGGAUCCAGGAGCCCCGGCCCAUGACGUUGCUGGACAGUCACGCAGUGGUACUAGCCAAUGACAUAGAAGAAAUUGAGAUCAGAGGAUUAACGAAGACUGACUUCGGCUUUAUCCGAGCACUGGUCUAUAAUUCUAGCCCGGGCGUUCCAGGACGAGUGUUGAUUUCUCAGAGGCUGUUCUUAAUAAAGAAGGAUAUCAGCAAAAACUGCAGCGGAAGUCGAUAUGAAAAGAACUGCCGCUGCACUCCAGGAUUCGAGGGGAACGGCGUUCACUGCCUGGACAUAAACGAGUGUGAGAAAGGGAUGCCGGUGACCUGCCUGCCGGAGGCAGAGUGUGUCAACACCCACGGAUCCUACUUCUGCCGCUGCCCAAAAGGCUUAGAAGGAGACGGCCUCUUCAGCUGCAUAGACGUAGACGAGUGCGCCACGGGCCUGGAUGGCUGCGGCCGAGGGGCGACGUGCCUGAACACGCUGGGCUCCUUCUUCUGCAUGUGCCGCGAUGGAUUUGUGGGGGAUGGCCUCCGCUGCGAAGCGAGAAGCACCUGGUCCCCGUGGUCGCCCUGGUCCCUCUGCUCCGCCACCUGCGGCAUCCACAGCCAGAUGCGGAUCCGGCGCUGCACUCACCCGGAGAGUGGCCUGCGCUGCAGGGGCCCUUCCGCAGACCUGCGCUUCUGCCCAAACCUGCCCCCUUGCCCAACCGAUGGCCGCUGGUCCGAGUGGUCGCCCUGGUCGGCCUGUUCAGCGACAUGUUCAGGAGUCAAGAAAAGGAUCCGACUGUGCGACAGCCCUGCCCCUGCCAGAGGGGGUCUCCCAUGUGAAGGGGAGCAGGACGAGGUGGCCGUGUGUGAUGACAGCCAGUGCCCAGUCGACGGCACGUGGUCUUCCUGGGAGCCUUGGACCCCCUGCCCCUCCUCCUGCGGCCUCGGAGUCGAGAGCCGGUCACGGCAGUGCAGCAGUCCCACCCCGAAGCACGGCGGACGCGGCUGCCAUGGCCAUGGCUAUGAGGAACGCUCCUGCGGAUUUCCGGAAGCUUUCUGCAAAUACCUGGCUCAACCGUCUGAAUCUUCAAAACCGGGGAAACUGAUCCAGUGAGUCACCGGACCUGGGCCCACACAGCAUCCAGAAGACGAUCAGUAACCGGCCACCUCGGGUUCUCUGAAUUGGAGGGCUGAACUGCAGCUUCUGUAAGUGACUGGCUGCUUAUAGGCACAACAUUGCGCCCAACACCCUCUGCCUAGCUAGGAUCGGGGCCACCUGGCAAAUCUAGACUGAAUGGUUCUCAGCUGGCCAGAAGCCAUAAAAUCUCCACCAUUGGUGGGUGGUUUGUGGAUGUUUUUUUUAAGUGCAGACUGGAAGAAAAUCCGUUAGCUGUAUAAAUUUCGCCAAGAGACGGCUGGCUGGCAUUGGACUGUUGGAUGUUUCCCUGGAACUGGGCAUCCCACAGAUCGUAAAUGUAUAAAACAUCGAAGAUAUGGCCAAAGCACCUGGUUGAUCUUAAAAGAAGCAGCUGUGGGAAGCUGGCCAAGGGCUCUGGGUUUGUGACUUGUGUAAGAACCCAAACAAACCACAGCGUUCCCAAAUGAUGACAAGAAUCCCUAGGCCAGGUCCCAAACAGCUUCCCUCCAGGGCGGAGAUGGGUCAAUGAUGCCAUUUCACUGGCUUUUAUCCUAGAUCAAAGUUUUCUUGAUUUUGGUGAUGCUUCCUUUUGAUUUGCUAGGAUUGUGCAGGGUGCGCGGUUUCUUUUGUGUUUGCUGUGAGGCAGAGCAGGGGGGAAAUGCUCUGCUUCCGAGACUGUUCUGUGCCUGGAGUGGUGCGGUUUCUUAUUCCAAUCCCGAAAGGCCAAUAUUCAUCCUGUUUCACCAUGGCCGUUUUUCUGUGUCAGGGCUCCCGUGUCAGGGCAUCACCAGUGCUGACCACAGUACUGAAUGCUCCUUCGUAUAAAAGCAGCCCUCGCCCAUGGAAGGCUAGCAUGCCAGGGAGACGAGCCUUCUCCAACCUGAGUCUCUCCGGAGGCUUCUGACUGCCAUCUCUGAAAAUGAGCCCUGUUGGCUUGAGUGGAUGCGAGCUGUAGGUGAAAACACCUGGAGAGGCCCAACUUAGGGGUGGGCGGCCUAGGCAGCGAUUCGGAUAUUACUGUGGAUUGUCAUUUGUGCAGGAGCAUAAAAUGAAGUGUGUGUGAGAGAGAGAGGGUUGUUCAUUUUCUUUCUCAGGCAAACAACAUUUGAAAUACGUUUAUUGCAUUUAAAAAAAAGCUAUAAAAAUAACACAUUUUCCCCAAAGAUAAUAACAAUAAAACCAAACAAAUCUUACAAUUCAUUGCAAAGUUGAACUCAA